AUGUGGAAAUCCAAAGUAGCUGAAGAACUUUUUGAGAAAAAUGUGAAGGCUUGGUUCUUGUACCUUAUUAAUAUUCAUUUUUUGGAAUUGACUGGUCUUAAGAGGGACUACACUGGUGAGCAUGUCACUGCUGCGAAUCUGUAUGCUGUGCUUCUUGGUGAUAAGAGUGCUGUGAAAGGUGGAAGUGGGAAGGUCAUCGAUAGUAAACCGAAUGACAGAAUAUUUCUCUAUUACUCUGAUCAUGGUGGUCCAGGGGUCCUCGGGAUGCCAAACAUGCCUUUUCUUUAUGCCAAAGAUUUUAUUGAGGCCUUGAAAAAGAAGCAUGCAGCAGGGACCUACAAAGAAAUGGUCCUCUACAUUGAAGCUUGUGAGAGCGGGAGUGUUUUUGAGGGUAUGAUGCCUGAAGACUUGAACAUUUAUGUGACAACAGCAUCAAAUGCCGACGAGAGCAGCUGGGGGACGUAUUGCCCAGGAAUGGAUCCUCCACCUCCACCAGAAUAUAUCACAUGUUUGGGAGACUUGUAUAGUGUUGCAUGGAUGGAGGAUAGUGAGUCUCACAACCUGAAGAAGGAAACAAUAAAACAACAGUACGAGAAGGUGAAGGAAAGAACUUCCAACUUCAACAACUAUAAUGCUGGAUCUCAUGUUAUGGAAUAUGGAAGCAAAGAAAUUAAGCCAGAGAAAGUAUAUCUGUACCAAGGAUUUGAUCCUGCCACUGCGAAUCUUCCUGCAAACAAGAUUGAUUUUGCGCACUUGGAGGUUGUCAACCAGAGGGAUGCUGAUCUUCUCUUCUUAUGGGAGAGAUACAAGAAGCUAGCAGACAAUUCAUUGGAGAAGGCCAAGCUUCGGAAAGAGAUAACGGACACAAUGCUGCAUAGACAACAUCUAGACGGGAGCGUAGAUGCAAUUGGAGUCUUUCUUUUCGGCCCAACAAAGGGUUCUUCUGUUCUCAACUCUGUUAGAAAACCUGGUUUACCUCUCGUUGAUGAUUGGGAUUGCCUAAAAUCGACGGUUCGCCUUUUCGAGCUACAUUGUGGCUCGCUAACACAAUACGGGAUGAAGCACAUGAGAGCAUUUGCAAACAUUUGCAACAAUGGAGUGUCUAGAGAUGCUAUGGAGGAAGCUUUUAUGGCUGCUUGCAAUGAGCAUAAGAUAGAGGAGUAUAUCGCUGCCAACCGGGGCUUCAGCGCUUGAUCACUCGGUCAUCUUGUUUUAGCAUAAAUACUGAACAAGAAUUGCUUAGCUACACAUCUGUAAAAACUAUGUUUGUAAGAUAAUAUUAGAAUGUUUAAUGCCUACUUUUGGUUUCCUAGAUCUUUCCUUUGUA